AGUUUGUAGUACACGUCAGCAGUCAAUUUCUAGUCAUCCCCUUGUACACGAACUGUCUUUUUCCUCUUCCUGGUUUCUAGUUUCUUAUGACACAUGACAAUUUCUAUAAGGUGCUGCUAUACCUAAAUUAACGUUAAGCAAAUGUCAUAGUCUACUUCGACACAAGCGCCGAUGAUCUCGUCUACAGAACAAUGUGUUGAAUGCGUAUUUGAAGACUUUCUGCAGAAACGGAGUGCGUAAUCUAAAACGUUUAAUAACGCACUUCUAAACCAUGAACACGAAUGUUUGUCUGUGCUCCCAUCUGUAGCCUGCAAGCGAAUUCAUGAAUGUCUGUAGCUCAAUGUGACAAAAUGAGAUUCAGACUUCUCCGACGAAACCUGAUUGCCUUCCUGCUCGUCUCCCUAGUUGUGCUAAUUUUAAUAUAUACAAAAUUAGCUAUAGUCUCAGAGAAACCUCCCGAGACCCCACCUCAGGACCCCAACACCCAAGCCACUGUCAUAAGCAAGUUUCAGUAUGGAUCAGUCAUGGACAUGCGCACAUCAGUUUAUGACAGUAACUUCAAACAGGUUAUUCAGAAUGAUGACAAGUUCCCAGGUGACCCCGAAGUGGUCAUUGUUGUGCAAGUUCACAACAGACCAGCUUACCUCAAGAUGUUAAUUCAGUCAUUGGGAAAUGCUGCAGAUAUUCACAAGUUUUUGAUCAUCUUCAGUCAUGACUAUUUUUCCCAGGAAAUGGCCGAUAUAGUUCAAGGGAUAACCUUCUGCAAGGUUUUGCAAAUUUAUUUCCCUUACAGCCGACAGCUCUAUCCAAACGAGUUUCCUGGACAGGAUCCAAAGGACUGUCCACGGGAUAUAGCCAAGGCUGAGGCCAUCAAAUCAGAAUGCCUCAAUGCUGAGCACCCAGACUCCUAUGGUCAUUACCGGGAGGCGUCUAUCACACAGACUAAACACCAUUGGUGGUGGAAACUUCAUUUUGUGUGGGAGCGGGUACAUGCUCUUCAGGGAUUCAGCGGUUUCACCAUCUUCAUUGAGGAGGACAACUACAUCCUCCCUGACUUUUAUCAGUUCUUCAAGGGCAUGUUGGAGCACAAGAAGUCUGACUGCCCGGACUGCGAUAUGCUGGCCCUUGGCAACCACGAUGGCCUUGGCCGCUUUCAGGAAUUGUCAGGCAAGCUGGAGACAGCGAGCUGGCUGUCAACGAAACAUAACAUUGGCAUGGGCAUCUCCAGGGAGGUCUACUACAAGAUGAUGGGCUGCAACACCGAGUACUGCACCUACGACGACUACAACUGGGACUGGACCCUGCAGAACCUUUCUGGGACGUGCAUCUCCAAACCCCUGAAGGUGCUUGUGGCAUGUGGCUCCAGGGUCCUGCAUACUGGCGACUGUGGCAUGCACAAGAAGGAGGCCUGCCGCCCUGAACAGGCCCAGGUGAAGGUGCAAGAGUCGCUCCAGCUAGCAAAGUCAGCCCUCUUUCCACAGACUCUCGCCGUGACAGACCACGGCUCUGCACAGCACCAGCCGCACAUGAAAAAUGGGGGGUGGGGGGACAUCCGGGACCAUGCACUAUGCAAAAACUAUGCCAAACGUCUCUAAACACCUUUAUUGUUUCCCCAAAAAAAUGUUUGGGGUGUUUUAAAAGUGCCAUUAAGAUCAUUAGAGCAAGAAGUUGCUGGAAAAAUAUUUUACUUACUGUAACUUACAGUGUCUUCCAAAGAUGCACGUGGGCAAAAAGAGAUAACACGCAUCACUAUUUCAGGAAUGUAAAUUUUAAUUUCUCUAAAAAAAAAGAUGAUGUGAUAAAUGUACUUAAAUGGUAAGAUUUUGAUUGCCUGUAAUCUGUGAGUAGGUUUGCUUUCCAACCAUAUAACUGUUAUUAUUGUUCAUUAUGUGUUUUUUUUUGUAUACAGCUUUCUUUUCGGCCAUGGCUACAAAACAAAAGUGUAUUGUGAAGCUAAAUCAUGGCUGCAAAAGACCAUCCAAGUGCAUGGACGGAUUAUGAACUUUCGGGCCCCUGGGCCCAGUUGUAUUAAGGGCCCCCCACUAAUUGUUGUAUGGAGUAUGAAUUGUAAUAUGUGAGAAGGAGGGUUUGGGGGUCUUCCCCCAGAAUUUUUUCAAUUUGUAUGAUGUGAUUUCCUGUAUUCUGGUGCAUUCUGAGGAUGGCCAAUACUUUAAUUCAAUCAGAUUCAUAGCCUACAUCCUGAUUUGUUGGUAUUGAGGCAAUGAUGGGCCCCUGGGCCCGGUAGGCCCGUGCAGUAAUCCAUCCCUGUCCAAGUGCCAUAUUCAUUUCUAUAAUCCGUCCCAGUUUUUCACAUUUCUUCUUCUGUGAGGACUCUUUGAGCUUCCAUUCUGCACUGAAUCCAUAAACUAUUCUGUGACGGAGAGCAAAUGCAUUCUAUAUAAGUAGCCUUCCUAAACGUGUAAAGCCUUAUUUCUAAUUGAGACACAUUUUAAUCAAGUUAGUGUAAAAAGAAUGAAUGUCCACCUUUAUUCAGGGUCUUUCCAUGUGUGCUUUGUUUUAUUUUAUUUUGAAUAAGGGUUGGCCAAUGUAGUGUUAGUUUGAUCAUGGUUAUCUGGUAUCUGUCCGCCAUUAUUUGCAUGGGUGUUUACACAGUUCUGAUGGACGAAACCACAUGGAAAACAACUGUUGCUUCACAUGCUACCAAGUUUGGUUCCACAAUGUUAUAUCUCCAUUUUAAAAACAAUAAAUCAUAUUAUUUAAUAGUGUAUCUCAGGUAAUAUCAAUCCAAUUGCAGUUUUGAUUGAGUAAAGAUAAAUCAAAUAACAAUACCCAAUUACAGUUCUACUGAAAUUACUGGAGAAUCAAAAUGUAAAAAUUCAGGAAAAUGGAGGAUAUAGCGUUUUGGAACCAAACUCUUCAAUUGUUUUGCUUUUAUGGGCAUUUCUUGUAAUAUUGAUGACACAACAGGACAUUUAUUUUUAAAUAACAGUGGAAGGAGGCUUUAGUUUAGGCUUAUCUGCUCUGCAGUUGUUUCAAAGGUCCCUGUUGUGUUUGUCUUUCUUUGUGAAAUGUUGGUUUUGCUGAGCUGGACAUCUGUGCUUUCCUCCAUGCUGACCUUUGUUCUACAGGAAGGUGUGUUUCCUCUUGGUUAGCGCCUACGAGGUUGCACUAUCGCCAGCACCUACCACUGUGAUCACACUACUGUUACAAGUCCUCUAGCUAUCACACGGAUGUACUGUACGUCAUACUUAAAGCAUUAUCUUUCUUACAAAGAGUGCAUGGGGCAAAGUGGGCAGGUUCUCUUUUGUCACACCACUUCUGUUGCCUUAAAGAGAUUUGUUUUUUAAUCCAGGAGAAAUGGGCCAAGGAAAUAUUCCAUAUCUGAACCCCUCUUCCUUUCCUAUAGCUUCCAGACCAAUUCAGUAAUGAAAGCCAUAAUCUGAACUGCCUGUGUUUCUAUGCAUGUCCUAUUGUUUUGUUCAUUUGGAUGUUUUGUAUGCGUUUUGACUGUAAAAUCCAAAGAUGAGUCAGUGGUGGAGGGAUGGCAAGACCUAAAUGUAAAUAAUCUUUCGAAAAAUAUUUAGAGAUAUUCUAAAUGAAGACAGCUGUGGAAUAUGUUGACAGUGAUUUCUCAGACUGCCACUGACUGUAAAUAAACAUGAAAAAUUCCCAGUGCCCUA